CGCGGCUGCUGAAGAUAAUUCCGCAAAGCUCACAGGCCAACUUUAAAAAAGAGUGGGGACGAGCAAAUCUAAAAGUACACUGGUUGGCGUAUCUUUUAGAGUAGAGUACUAUUUUACCUUUCAGUACCACCAACACGCAUAGAACAGCUUUGUAAAGUAAAAGCGCGGGAAAUAGUUUCUUGAUUUUUUGAUUGUUGUUAGGGAAAACGUGACGCGAGUGAACGAUAUAAACAAUUUUUGUGUUAAUGAUUGGAUUUGAGGCUCAAUCAGAUGGCUCCACCAAAUCUAGACUCGACAAGUACCAACGAGAAUUCCUAUACCAUAGUACCGGCGUCAGAGAAGCCCCGUGCACAUUUUGCAAAAGAAGACGACGAAUCGAACGAAAAUGACCAGCUAUUUGAUCAAUCAAUCAAAAAAGACGAAGACAUUUGCUCGGACGAUAUAGACGUUGUGGUACCACCCGACGGAGGCUGGGGCUGGGUCAUAGUUUUCGCCUCUUUUAUGUGCAACAUGAUUGUGGAUGGCAUCAUAUUUUCGUUUGCGAUGUUCUUGCCAGGAAUCGCCGACGAAUUUGGAGCGACAAAAUCCCAAGUCACUUUGGUAGGGUCUCUGAUGUCUGGUUCCUACUUGAUGGUUGGACCUUUUGCAAGUGCCAUUGCCAAUAAGUUCGGAUUCAGAUUUGUUGCUAUUAUCGGUGCGUUGUUGGGUUCCAGUGCCUUUGUGGUUUCGUAUUUCGCUACUAGUGUUGAAUUUUUAUGGGUCAGUUAUGGAUUACUUGGCGGUAUCGGAUUCGGAUUCAUCUACGUACCAUCGGUGAUAACUGUAGGAUUCUAUUUCGAAAAAUGGAGGGCUCUAGCAACUGGAAUAGGAGUAUGCGGAUCUGGAAUAGGAACCUUCAUUUUUGCCCCCCUAAGCGAAUCCCUAAUCGAUAGUUUAGGGUGGAGAAGUGCCUUAUUAGUCCAGGCCGCAAUUGUACUUACUUGUAUUAUUUAUGGCUCGUUGUUCAGGCCACUCAAAGCAACAAAACUCAAAGACCUAGAUGAAGAAGACGAAGAAGAAAACCUAAAACCAACAGAACUAAUAAUGGACUCAUCGAAACUGCCAACAGUAACAAGACUAAAAAUGGAAGAAGCCCUGAAAAACAUGAAAAAUAUGGACCAUCAAACUUCAAUAUCGAAAAUCUUUGGUGCGCACAACAAUUCAGAACAUCCGAGAUUGUCAGACGUCUAUCACACAGUACAUGCACCAUCCAGAACUUAUACAGUCCAUCUACCUUCAAGGGCCUACUUCAAAGAAAAACGCUCCAGUGUACCAUUUGUAUUACCAAGUGAGAAACCAAAACAAGCUUUAACGAUGACCAAAUCGAAUUUGAUAGCAAGAAGGGCUGAACUACUCGAAGAAAUGAAUAGACCUUUGUAUAGAGAUGAUAUAUUUUUUGGCCAAAGCCUUUCCAGAUUGCCUCAAUACACGUCGCAUGGCUCAAUCGCCUAUAAUUUACAAGUAACACGUUUGCCAACUAAACAAGAUAUUUUAGAAGAAAAACGACAUUCAAUCAAACUAUUCCCGGAGGCUGUUAAAAGAGCUUUGGCAACCAUGUUGGAUUUCAGCCUACUCAAAAGUCCUAGUUUUAUAAUAUUAGCCCUGGGUGGCUUUUUCACCAUGAUGGGCUUCUACGUACCUUUUAUGUACUUAAGGGAUAGGGCCGAAAAUAUCGGCGGCAUACCGAAACAAACGGCAGUAUUAUUACUUUCUUCCAUUGGCAUUUCGAAUACGAUGGGCAGGGUACUGUGUGGCGUACUCAGUUCUUUUCCUUCGGUCAACGGGUUGUUCGUCACCAAUGUUGCUCUUACCAUUGGAGGUGUGGCUACGAUACUUAGCGGGGUGUCACUUUCUCAGGAAUAUCAAUUUUUUUACACUGUGGUUUUUGGAUUGUCGAUUUCUUGUUUCGCUUCACUCAGGUCAAUCAUCGUAGUGGAUCUCCUCGGCCUAGAACGACUUACCAAUGCCUUCGGCUUACUUCUGCUCUUCCAAGGUAUAGCAGCUAUGAUCGGUGCUCCCUUAGCUGGAGCUUUCAUGGAAGCCACCGGUAGCUACGACGCGUCGUUUUACUUAUCUGGCAGUAUGAUUCUUAUAUCUGCUAUCAUGUGUUAUCCAUUGAAUUGGAUCAAUCGCUGGGAAGUGAAAAAGAACGAAAAACUAGCGAUGAUGGAGAAUGCAUAACAGUGUUUUUGAGGCAUUGGCUUUUAAUAGCCAAAGAGUACAAAUGUGACUUGGAAUUAGAAUCCUAAUAUUGCUUUAUUUACCAUUCACUUUGUACAAGAAAAAAUCAUAAAAUCACUAGCAUACUUUACAAGAUUAUUAAAUGGAAUUUUAAACAUAAUACCCAAAUAGGCAAAGUAUCAUUAAAACAUUAAUAAUACGGGUGUAACACACUAUAAUUACCUAACUCUUAGACUAUAGUCUAAGACUUAACAAGUACAGCAUAUAAGAACUUUUUUAAUUUUAAUUAUUAGUUGACAAUUUCUUAGUUUGUAAAGUCCCCUAAGACUGAUGUAGGAUAGGAACCUCGCUUUUUAUUUUGUAAAUAUUUUAAUUUUGUGUUUUAUUUUUGAAUGUAUUUAUUUUAUGCUUUAGGAUUAUUUAGUUAGAAUUGUUAAAAAGUAGAACAUAAAUUUUAUUGAAUAUAAACUCUUUUAUUUUGGUUAUAGUUCUAGUCCAAACAAUUCAAAAUAUUUAUACGAAUAGCAAAACCUAUUUAUAGUAUAAUUGUUGCAACUUUUGCAGUUUUAUUUUUGAAAAAAUUCAAAUAAUUGGAAUAAAUAUAAUAUUUGGUAUUUUUAUUAAAUGUUC